AAUUUGUCUAUUCAAUUCCCCAUCUAUCUAUCCAGAAUCGCUUUAAUGAAGCGAGCAAGAGAAGAAGAUAGUGAAGAGAAGGAGCAGGUGAAGGACGAAAAUGUAAAGAAGGUGAAGUUGAGUAAAGAGGAAACUCAAUCAUCCGAAGGCCACUCUCAUAGUGAGGAUAACAGUAGCAGUGGCGAUGAGAGCAGUGAUGAAAGUACCGAAAUCGAGUUAAUGGUCAAGACUCGUGAACGUCGUUCGAAUGCUGGCAACAAGAUGGCUCAGUUGAUGGAUGACACAGAGCAAGAGGAUGAAUUCUACAAGAAUACAUACGGUGGCAACUUUCUUGAGGACGAUGCAGAUGAUGCAUAUGAAUCACCGGUAGAAUCUGACCAUGAUGAAGUGGAUUCGGAUUUCGAUCGAUCGGAACAGGAAGAGGAGACGAUUAGUGAUGCAGAAGAUGGCGAGAAACGGAAACGGCGAAAUGUUUAUAAGGAACCACAAUUGGGAGGUGACAAGAAGAAGCGAAAAUCGUUGCUUGAAAAGAAUCGGAAAUGGGUAGUGGCCAGAAUGGGUGGACCAACGGUGGCUGCGAAUACAGUCAGUCCCGAGACACAGGCAGAACGACUGGAGGAAGCUCGAGAAACGGAGCGUAUGAAUUUGGCAUCGCUGCAGAAGUACGAACAAUUUGAAUUGGAGCGUAAAAAGAAAAGCGAAAAAAUAAAUGCAGCACGCAAAUUGAAACCGCCCUAUAUCAGUCAUGUGGACGGGCCGAAUGGUAAAUGGAUUGUUGUGCCUGAAGUGAAGAAAUUUGUUAAACCUGAACGAAAGAUGCGAGUAUUAUGCAGUGUUACAUCGCGACCAGCCAAAUAUCGUGAUCCUCUCACCGGUUUGCCAUACGCCACAGUGGCCGCGUUCAAGUUGAUUCGACAGAAGUAUAUCGAGCAUUUGCGAACGAUUAAGAAUAAUUCAGCUGUUACGACUUGGCUCAGUGAACAUUCCUAA